GACGUUAAAAAUAUCAAAGGGAAGAAGUUGCGCAAAUUGGACUCUUGGGGAUUCGGGCUCGGGGAGUUCAGUCAUGAGUUUCGGAAUCAAAUCUAAAGAGAUAAAGACGACAUAUCUAGCUAAAAAGGAGAAGAAAAGUGGACCAAGACGGUUGCAGCCAUAGUCAGGAAACUGAGAGAACAAAAGCUCAUGGUUGUGACCAUAACUCGGUCUUAAGAAGCGAUGGAGGUAGAGAGCUUGACGAGGCUGAGGACGACAAUGAGUGUUGUGAUGAAGUAGCAAGGGGAUAUAGUGGGUCAACUAGUAAUAAAAGGAGGAAAAAUAACUUUGUUUUAGUGAGAUACAAGUAGUCCCCGUCCACAAUGUGUCAAUGUUUUAUUUUUUAAUAUUUUUUAUUUUAUGAUAUUUACUAAAAUAUAUGAAUUUUUUUAUAUUAUCUUUAAAAUCUAAUUUAAAAUUUUAGUUGAUAUGGCAUCCACCUAAGUUAUAGAGAGUGACCCACUAAGGGUCGAGAUAUUGACCUUCCAACGGUCAACCAAAAAGUCAGGCAAAGUGGGAUAAUUAUUUUGGAAGUUUAGACAUAUUAGAGAUUUCAAAAAGUUCAGCCAAAGUAAUUUUUUAGUGUAAAGUGUUGCCAAACUAAGAUGUUUGACCCUAAAAAAAAGGUGUGAUUGGUACAUAACAUAACUAAACUACGUUGAAGUAUUUAAUAUAGAAAAGAACUAAUUUGUAUCAUUAACACCUUCAACUUUAAUUAUCUAUGCUCAUUUAUGUUUAUAUGCAAUAUGUAAAAAUAUAAAGGUUGAGAGGGUAGUUACUGUGCACAAGAGAAGGCGUUGUCCAAGGCUUGCAAGGAGCCGCCUACGAAGGGUGGAGGCGGGUUCGGAUCACUGGCUAUCCACCAACCCACUGGUAUUCUCACCGCAUUUAUCCCAUUCUCGGAUAUGUACUUAAAAUCCUCUUCCACUAUGAAUGUGUUCCAAUGUUCCUGAAAUAAUCAAAGCAUCCAGUCUUCAUCAGAUUUAGCUAGGAUCUCCAAUCUAAAGCAAUUUGAUACGCAGAUUAAUACAUACAUGAUUUACGUUAUAUCUCCGUAAUUCAGGACUAGUCCAUAACUUAUACGAUAAUCACUUGUGUUCUUGUAGGGGCUUACAACUCUUUAUAUAUAAUAUACUAGCUAUGAUGGGGAAGAGAUUCACCGCCGCAACCCUAUGGGCAACAAGACUGGAUUGGGUGGUAGCACUUCUUAGUAUUAGAACCCUACUAACAAAAAAUUAUAACUUAUAAGCCUGCGUUUGGAUAUGUGUAUUUCAAAUGUAAUGUAUUUGAACAUGUAUUUAAAAUGAGUGCAUUUGAAAUACAUGUAAUUCAAAUUCGUUUUUUGGUUACUCAUUUGUAAUUUGUUGGUAUUUUAAAUAUUUAGAAUUUUUAUUUUCAAUUUUCUGGUCACUUAUUAUAAAAAUUGGAAAAUUAAAUUUUGGUACCCAAGUUUAUUUUUUCUUAUAAUUUAGUACCUAAAUUUUUAAAAUUUUACAAAAAGAUCCUGAAAUUUUGCUGGUGAAAUUAAAUUUUGGUACCUUUAUAUAUUUUUCCUCACACUAUAAUACCUAAACUUUUAAAAUGUUACAAAUAGGUACAAUCUUUUUUUAGGAGGAAUUUCACAUCAUUAGUUGUUGGAAUGUAUUUGAAGUUGACAAAUAAUACACUAGACAUGUAUUUGGAAAUCGUCCCAUAAAUUUGGCACAAAUCCAAAUACCAAAUAUAAUUAAUAUCCAAACAAAUGAUUUGACAUUUAAAAAUCCAAAUCACAAUUAUCACAAUACUAUUAUGAUAAUUAUUGUACAUAGUAUUUACUCAUCUUGUCCUGUUGACUGUUGUUCUUGUUUCUCUGUCUCCUAGCUAGUAGCUGUCCAUAUCCGCUUCCUAGCGAGUGUCAAGAACCAGUUGGUCCCAAUAACUCGAGUUGUUGGGAGAGGUUCAAUCGUGGAUCAUAUACCACAACACUAACACGCCCUCUCAAACGAAAGCCACUCACAAGGGAUGAAAGUUUGCACAUGUCUGAAGAUAAGAAUACCAUGUGCUUAACAAAUGGGGGUCACCGGGAAUCGAACACAAGACCUCUCGGUCACAGAAGGCUCUGAUACCAUGUCAAGAACCAGUUGAUCCCAAUAACUCGAGUUAUUGGGAUCAACUGGUUCUUGACAUGGUAUCAGAGCCUUCUGUGACCGAGAGGUCUUGUGUUCGAUUCCCAAUGACCCUCAUUUGUUAAGCACAUGGUAUUCUUGUCUUGCAAACUUCCAGCCCUUGUGAGUGGCUUUCGUUUGAGGGGGCGUGUUAGUGUUGUGGUAUAUGAUCCACGAUUGAACCUCUCCCAACAACUCUAGUUAUUGGGAGUAACUGGUUCAUGACAAUCGUGGAUCAUAUACCACAACACUAACAGCGAGAAGGGGGCAUUAUUGAAUAAACUUGGACCAAAAAUUAUCUUGAGUAGGGAAUUUCUUUGAAGAGACUGGAAUAGACAUUUUGAGGCGGAUUGAGGGCGCAUUGCAGCGUUGUGGUGCGAUUUAACAAGUUUGUGAUACUUUAUUAGGUUUCUAAUAUGUUUCAUCAGGAGAAUUAUGAUGUUUAAUAAAUAAUUGGUAUUUGUGCUGUGGUGAUGUUUUGGUAGGUUUUAUAAGCUUUUUAUUAGGGUAAAUACAAUAUAUUAGCCAAAUCUUUUGCGGUUAAACAAAAGAAUAGCCAAACCUUUCAAAAAACAAAAUAAUAGCCAAAUCGUUAACUGUCCAUCUGGUCAACUGUUAGUUGACUCUUAUGUGACUAAUUCGUGCAGACGUGGCAAUGACAAUUAUUUAACUGUGCCACACAUACAUAUUUUAAACUAAUUAUUUAUUAUUAAAACAAAUAAAAAACAAUAAUGGAACACUCUCCAUCCCUUCCCCUCUCCUCCCCUCUCUUCUCCGGCCAAGAAACUUCGAAACCCUCGAUAUCUCCCAAACUUUUUCGUUAGCAGCAACCACCUCGUCGUCCGAGAACCUCCGCUUCUUCCCGUCAUGCUUUCACCUACCUCCUUCCAUGGAAACAAGCAAAGAUUCGACACUCCAGUUCGAUCCGUCGUUCUUAAAUGGGGUCGCCGACGAUUGCUAGAGCGAUCAAGCAGUUUGGAUUUAGGGAAUCGGAAGCGAUGAAGAGAGAGGGGAAGGAAAGGGGUAACAGAGGAAGAGCCACAGGGGUUUUGGAAGCGAGGAAGAGUAGGGGAUUUGGGCAAUGUAUUGAUUGGAUUUAGCUUUUGAUUCUCUUAGUUUGACACAUAGAUAAAUGGGUUUCAGUUUAAUUUGUUUAGAUUUGGAUGGUGUGGAGGGGAGCGGCGGCAACAGGAGUGGAGUUGAUUUGGGGUUCUCAAAGUGGAUUGAGUCUGUUCGAGGCAACCCAGGUUUGCUGGGGAUUUCUAUUUUCAUUCUCUUCGUAUUGUUGAAAGGUGAGAAAGAUGUAAGCUCGUUUGUGGAAUCGAAGCAAGCCUUGCUCCUUUGGCGAUUUUAUGUAGCGUUCGAGUAAUUGUCAGCAAUAGCUCAUUGGCUUGGGUGGUAGGUGUCGAUGACAACAUAGGGAUUAGGUCACGGCCCACGGUGGGCAACGAUGGCUGGGUUUCAUCGGAGGAUUGGAAAUGGAAGCAUUCAUGGAGUUUCGAUGGAGAUUGGAGAGAAGGGGAUGCGAACAGGCAAGGAGAUAAUAGAGUGGUGGCUAUUUUUUAGUGGCUUUUUAAUUUAUUUUCUUUUCUAAACAGAAAUUAAUUUUUGGUAUAUCCAUGUGGCAAGUCAAAUUUUUUACUUUUUGCCACGUCAUUGAAAAUUUAUUAAACAUUUUGCCACGUCAGAGUCAACUAACGGUUGACCGGACGGAAAGUUGACGGUUUGGCUAUUAAAUUGUUUUUGAAAAGGUUUGGCUAAUAUUUUGUUUAAAAUGAAAGGUUUGGCUAUUAAAUUGUAUUAACCUUUUUAUUAUGUUGUCUGACCUUUCUAGUAUGCUCUACAAAUUCUAUGGCGGGGUGAGGUUAUGGUAUGUUUUCUAAACCUUCUGUUAUUUUUGUGGUGUACUUUGUUUUGUUGUUUAGUUUUUGUUUUACGGUUACCCUAAUUCAUGCACCUCUCCUCCAUUGAUGCAAAACACACACGUGUGUUUCACUCUCUCAAAUUUUUUUUUUGGUAGAAACACUCUCUCAAAUUUUAAUAACGAAAAGAAAAAAAUAUUCAUUAAUUGUGAUCGAUCCUUUAAAAUGAAAAAUUAUCAAAACGAAAUGUAUUUAUUAGUUGGAACUAGUGUUAACAACUUAAGGGUCGUAUGCUUCGUGGAUUUGGAUGAUGGAUUUGGUACCCAAAUGCAUUCCAUCGUGGAUUUAAAGGAAAUACAUUUUGUUUGCAUUUUUUUAAGGAUCAAAUCCAUUAACUCCACAGACUUGUAAAUCCCCACAUAUUGAUGUGGGAUUGGGAACAUGUCAUAAAUUCAUGAUGAGAUUUUACCUAUAUACCCUCAUGACCUUUUAAUAUUCUAAGGUUGCCCUCACAUUUAGCUUGUUAGUGUGUAUUGUCCUUGUGACACCAUUAUACUUAUUAGUACGUAUUGUCCUUGUUGUGUGCACAUAUGAUAAACAUGAAAACAAAUUGAAAAGUAUAGUAAGGUAAUUUUGGACUUUAAGUUCUAAAUUACAAACCAUUAAAUCUAUGAUAAAACAUAUCAACAAACAAAGAAUUGUUACAAAUUCAUAAUAUCUCAUAAUAUACCUCAAAUCCUUGAUAAAUCUUUGGGUUUUUGAAAUACAAAGACUCUCAUUUUUUAAAUUUAUGAAGCCGUUACCAACAAAUUGAGAGUGAAACAAACAUCUUACCCUUCUCGUGGCGAUGAAGCCAUCCUUCACAAGCCAUCCUUCAUCCUACCUAACUUUGGUGUGGGCUUAAAAAGAUUGAAAGAUGGCUUGUUCGGCACGAGAAGGAUUAGAUGUGUGUUUCACUCUCAAUUUGUUAGUAACACUACACCACGAACAAGGACUUAGUCUAGUAGUAAUAUUACUAGCUUCGAACUUAGAGGUUUCAGUUUCGAACCCCUUAAAUAAAACAUAAUAUGGUAAUAUCACUCUUAUCUAUAAAAAAUAAAAAGAACACUACACUGGGUAAACCACACCCAGCUUCAUAACACGCCAACAGUAGCAUGUCUAGUUCACGAAUGUUGCUAAUAAGGGUAGUAAUAUUUCUGUAAACCAAAUCUAUGUAACUGUUCAAUCCAAACUAGAUAUGUACAAAAUUGAAAUGAGAAAUUUUGAUGUCGGAAGCAAAUUUUGGAAGUAAAAUUACGGUGCUUGUUUUUCCCUUGUGUAUAGUAUCUAAACUUUGAGAAAUUAACAAAUAUGUUCUGUUUUAUGCCACAUGGAUUUUCCAAUAAUUCUCUGUUAAUAUAUAUUUGAAAUUCACAAGUAUUAUACUAAAUAUAUAAUUGAAAUUCAC